GACUCAUCACAUUGUGUAUGAUCUUUAGAUUAAGAUGACUCAUCGGUAUGCUUAUCCUUACGCUUGAUUUUUUUUUUUUUUUUUUCUUUUUUGAGGGCUAUCCCGACACUUGUCUUUCCGGUAUUCCCACUUUCUUCCCAUAUAUUUCUUGAAUAAAACGAACCUUAAAAUAGACUAAACCUCCACUGUCCCAGACUCAACUGUACGAAGCUUUAGAAUCAAUUUUCAGUGUGUGAGAGAGAGAGAGAGCAAAUGGGUAAGGGAGGGAUGUCUCGAGGGAGUGGUGGGGAAGGCAAUGAUGGAGGAGAAGAGAACAUGGCUGCUUGGCUAAUUGGUGUCAACAUCCUCAAAAUUCAACCUUUCAAGCUUCCUCCUCUUGGACCCCGUGAUGUUAGAGUCAGAAUGAAAGCUGUUGGUAUCUGUGGAAGCGAUGUUCAUUACCUCAAGCACUUGAGAUGUGCAGAUUUUAUUGUGAAAGAACCAAUGGUGAUUGGGCAUGAGUGUGCUGGGAUUAUAGAAGAUGUUGGGAGCGAGGUGAAAUCUCUGUUGCCGGGUGAUCGUGUGGCAUUGGAGCCUGGGAUCAGCUGCUGGAGAUGCAACCUCUGUAAAGAAGGCCGGUACAAUUUAUGCCCUGAGAUGAAGUUUUUCGCAACUCCGCCUGUUCACGGUUCUCUUGCCAAUCAGGUCGUGCAUCCUGCUGAUUUAUGUUUUAAACUGCCUGAGAAUGUGAGCGUGGAGGAAGGAGCAAUGUGUGAACCUCUGAGUGUGGGUGUUCAUGCUUGCCGUCGUGCGAACAUUGGUCCAGCGACAAAUGUGCUGAUUAUGGGAGCUGGACCCAUUGGACUUGUAGCGAUGCUAGCAGCUCGUGCUUUUGGAGCCCGAAGAAUUGUGAUUGUGGAUGUGGAUGAAAGCCGUUUAUCUGUUGCAAAGGAUAUUGGAGCGGAUCAAGUCAUUAAAGUCUCAACAAAUAUUCAGGAUGUGGCUGAAGAAGUAGUUCUGAUCCAUAAAGUUAUGGGGGGCAGAGUGGAUGUGACUUUUGAUUGUGCUGGGUUUGAAAAAACAGUUUCAACAGCUCUUAGUGCAACUAGUGCUGGUGGCAAGGUGUGCCUUGUGGGAAUGGGCCAUAAUGAAAUGUCUGUCCCUCUUACUCCUGCUGCUGCAAGGGAGGUUGAUGUCGUCGGGAUAUUUCGAUACAAGAACACAUGGCCACUAUGCCUUGAGUUUCUGAGGAGUGGUAAGAUAGAUGUGAAGCCUCUUAUCACUCACAGGUUUGGAUUCUCGCAGAAGGAGGUAGAAGAAGGCUUUGAAACUAGUGCUCGCGGUGGCAAUGCCAUUAAGGUCAUGUUUAAUCUGUAGAUGCUGCUAUUUCUUUCAUGAAGCUUCUGCUAUGUGGAUAUUAAACUUAUAAGAAGAAGAAGAAGAACUUAAAAUUACAUCAUUUAACUUCUUGCAACCGUCAAUCCUCGUAUUAUUGUUGCUAAUAAAGCUCAGAUGCCAAUGCCUUUAGAUA